UCUUCAAGCUAGAACUCGUGGUUCUCGCUUGAAGUCUUUACAUAUCGAAUUCUUCCUCGUCUCCAUUGAAAGCUGUUAUGGUUGCUUCGUUUCUAUCUUUUGUCUUUCGUUCAAAGGCUUUUUCUAUGCUCCUAUUAUUAAUAUUUGUUUCCAUCGCUCCAGGAGUUUCGAUUGUGCUUGAUUGCACCAACACAUCGAUAGGCGUUGAAAACAAACACAUUAUUCCUGACAGCAGUUUCACAGCAUCGUCCUCAUCGUAUCCUUUCGGCCUCCCUUUUAAUGGCAGGCUUAAUGCUAGUUAUGGCUGGGCCCCAAAGACGACAUCCAAUCCAAGCGACUACCUACAGGUUGACCUUGGAUUUCCUUACGUUAUCUGUGCUGUAGCGACACAGGGUAGGGGUAAUGGCGAAGAAUGGGUGACAGAGUAUAAGAUCACCGUUUCGCUGGACAACAAGAACUGGAUGCCGUAUAAAGAGGAUGGCACCGAUAAGAUAUUUACUGCAAACACAAACCAUAAUUCAUACGUUAAGAAUUCCAUUACCAGAACCAGAGCACGGUAUAUUAGAUUUUAUCCAACCAAAUACAAGGGGUACAAGGUCAUGAGAGUAGGAAUAUUUGGUCACAAAAAAGCUGGUUGUGGGGACACAAGUAUUGGUGUGGAGAAUAAAUACAUCAUACCUGACAGCAGUUUUACCGCAAGUUCGUUUUACGAGGGUGAAUAUUUUAGGCCACACUUAGGUAGACUUGGUGACUCUGAUUACUCUAAGGGUCGUGGAUGGACUGCAAAGACAAACUCCAAUCCAAAUGAUUACCUACAGGUUGACCUCGGGUUUCCUUACAUUAUUUGUGCUGUAGCAACACAGGGGAACGAACUUUAUCAUGAAUGGGUCAUGACCUACMAGAUAAAUGUGUCACUAAAUAACAUUAAUUGGACAACAUACCAAGAAAAUGGAGUAAACAAGGUGUUUCAAGGAAAUGCUGAAAACAAGUUGAUUCUACGACAUUCAAUUACCAAGCAGUUUGCAAGAUACAUCCGUUUCAUCCCCGUGAUGUAUCACUCGCGCAAGUCUAUGAGAGUUGGGAUCUUUGGAUAUCAAAAAGCUUGCGAGACCUCUCCUCUUGGCAUGGAAUCAGGAACUAUUCAAGAUAGCAGCAUAACAGCUUCUUCUGCUCAACACCCAGCCAAGAAUACUAGAUUACACUACGCAUCAGGCUCAUCGUGGUGUGCCUCUACAAGUGACUCUAAUCCAUAUCUACAGAUUGACUUGGGGUCCUCUCAUCUUGUUUGUGCUGUGGCUACACAGGGGAACAUCAUGGCCGACCAGUGGGUGAAGAUGUACCAGAUAGAUACAUCUACUGAUGGUGCAACAUGGACCACUUAUCAGGAGAACAAUACUGACAGGAUAUUCUACGGCAACUAUGAUCGUACAACGGUGGUCCGUCAAAUUCUUUACCAUGGCAUUGUAACAAGAUAUCUACGUAUUGUACCCAAGACAUCUCAGACUAAUACACCAUGCUUGAGAACAGAGAUCUAUGGAUAUCCUUUCGAUACAGUUUGUUCCAGUCACAGCGUUGGUAUACCAAGUCAUAAUUUGGUACCAGAUCACAGGCUUACAGCGACAUCUAACUAUGACGAACGCUACAAUGUUUAUGGUGGUAGACUGGGUUCUGAAAACACCGCUUGGGCACCAAAAACGAACAACGUUGAUGAAUACAUGCAAAUAGACCUUGGUAAUUUGUUUUACGUAUGUGCCGUAGUUACCCAGGGAAACAUGGCUCAGAAACGGGAAUACGUCACGGAUUAUAAAGUUUUGUACUCAAAGAAUGAUAUUCAGUGGACUACUUACAAGGAGAGUGGAGUAGAAAAGGUAUUUUAUGGAAACACAAACAAUGCUGAUGUGGUUCAAAUAUCAAUAGCUAACCCGUUUAAAGCCAAGUUUGUCCGUAUCUUGCCAACUGCGUACUUUAUGCACAAAGCAUUGCGUGUUGACUUUAAAGGACUUCCUUCAGCUUGCACCUCAUCGCUUGGUCUUGAGAAUUCACGAAUACCAGACAAGCAGAUGACGUCAUCUUCGUCAUCGGAUGAUUUCCAUACUGCACCACGUGGUCGUCUGUAUGGUAACUUCUCAUGGUGUAGCUCCAACACAUCCAAUAUUGAGUACAUACAGGUUGACCUUGGACAGAUCAAGACGGUGACAGGUAUUGCAACACAAGGUGACAAAGCUUUGGACAAGUGGGUGACGUCAUACAAAGUGAGGUACAGCUUUGAUAACAGGUAUUGGAACGAAUACGAAGAAGGACAGUUUGCAAAGGUCUUUCGUGGCAAUACGAAUAAAAAAGAUGUUAUCGUGCAGUGGCUCUCUCGCCCAAUAGCUGCACGUUAUGUCAGAAUUCUUCCCCAAGCUUGGCAUAAGGGAACCUGUGCACGCUUUGAUCUCUAUGGCUGUGAAGUUGUUGAUUUACCAAAGGCUGCUGUUGAUGUUCCUCAAGUUGUUCUUUCAAGUCCUAAGUCCACUCAAACAAUAACAUGUAGUGUACUAGGUGAACCAGCACCUGACAUACAGUGGUUUUACAAUGGAACAAAGAUCAACGGUGCAACACAAUCAACGCUACAAGUACGGUUUGCUGAAGACGUGGUGCCCCAUUACAAUUGUGCGAGACAAGAUCCUAACACACGAGCUGUGGUGUGUAACACGUUCUACACGUGUAGGGCAACUUACCCAAGCUACGUGCCAAGAGGAGGAAUGGAUGAGGCAUCGGUGGAAGUAACGGUGAAUCUAAAUGUGUCACAAGCUCCUACUAUCACAGCAGUUCCAUUUCAGCGUUCUAUACGCCUGAGCUGGAUCUUGCCAAACCCGUCUGACAAUGUCGGAGCAAAUACCAACCUCACAAUAGAGUUAAACAGCCAGAGCUCUAACAAGACUAUAUCUGUUGGUCAUCAAGCCUCUCCUUUUACCUUGACGAACCUGAGACCUUACACGAACUACGAUGUGAGAAUGAGUGUAAAAGAAUUGGCGGGACAAGGACUGUGGAGCAAAUAUCUUCACAUCAAAACCAUGAUAGCGGAGCCAGAUUGUAUUCCGACAAUUACCAGCCUUAUGGCCGUGACAUCUCAGAGUAUCCGCAUAGAAUGGCAGCUUAAUGAAACUGAUAAAAUCAAUGGACCAAUGGCAGGAUUCAGUGUCAAAUAUGCAAAGGAAGGAGGCACAGUAAUGUUGAUUGUUGUGGGUACCAUGACAACGUACACCCUGACGUCCCUGGAAAAAAACACAGUCUAUAAGGUCACUGUUUCUGCAAUGAAUAGUCUCUACACAGGAAAGCCAAGUGUGGAAGUCAGGAAUAAAACUCUGGAAGAUGCGCCAGAGUGUGCGCCAGUCUUGAAGUCUGUUCAAAGUCUUUCAUUCGACAGCGUUCUGCUUAUCUGGUCAUCACUUCAAAAUCUCAAAUGUACUAAUGGUAUCUUACGAGGGUAUAAAAUUGUUUACAGGGAAUCAAAAAAUAAAGCAAAUCCAUGGAAAUUCCAUAUAGUGGAUUACCGUACAGCACAAACGGCUAUAGUCACGGGACUCCUUAAAUCUGUAGAGUAUAAAUUCAAAGUUCAGGCGUUCACUGUCAAAGAUGGACCUCUGAGCAACUCAUUGGUGGGGAAAGGCUAUGGACCGGUAAUGAUUUUAACCAAGAAAAUGACUUCCAUGGUGAAGGCAGCCUUAAACGAAAAAGUUGUUCUUAGUUGCCAUGCAACAGGAGCUCCACCAAUCAGAUACAUCUGGACAAAAGAUGGUGCGCCAAUCAAACGUUCCUCAACAAAAGUAAWAGGCAACACAGUAAUUGUCCAACCACGUGAUUUGCAAGAUUAUGGGACAUUUCUCUGCAAAGCUUCGAGUAACAAAGAAGUUGCUUCGUAUGAAAUCAUGCUUGCCCCUUACAAAAAGUGCCUGAAAGGGAGCACACCAAUUCAUCCACAACCAGGGAAGUUGGCAAUUUUGAGCUAUAAAAUGAUGUCUUCAAUAAACGUUGCUAUUGGAAACAAAGCUGCCAUUGGCUGCUAUGCAACUGGCCCUCAACCAAUCACCUACAAGUGGACAAAGAACGGCGCUCCAAUUAGUAAUCCAGAAGUUACCGUGAUUGACAACCUCUUGUUUAUAAAGCCAAAGAAUGCUAGGGAUUAUGGGAGAUAUUUGUGUAGUGCAUCCAACAGUAAUGAGACAGUCUCAUUUGGAACUGAAGUGAAACCGUUAAAGAAUUGUGGGAAUAGAGGAGAAAGAAAGCCCAAAGGAAAAUUGAGAAUUUUAAGGAACAAAAUGAUGACUUCUGUAAAUGUUGCUAUUGGAAACGAGGCAGCCAUUGGUUGCUAUGCAACUGGUGUUCCACCAAUCAAGUACGGGUGGACAAAAGACGGUGCUCCAAUCAGCAGUCCAGCAGUGAAAAUUAUAGAUAACGUCUUGUUUCUAAAGCCGAGGACCACAGAGGAUUAUGGGAAAUAUAGGUGUCGUGUUUCAAACAAGAACGAAACCGUUUCUUAUGUGACUGAGGUGAAACCGCUUAUAAACGCUGUCAAAAAGAGCAACAAGAAGUCAAAUCAAGAGAAGCUUAGAAUUUCAAGGGAAAAAAUGGCGUCAUGGGUUAGAGCGAGAAAUGGAGAUAAAGUUAUCCUUGGGUGCUAUGCAACCGGAGCUCCACCAAUUAAAUACAGCUGGAUAAAGGACAAUACCUCUUUAGCAAACUCAACAGAGAUCAAAGUUCUCCAAAACGUUGUAGUGGUAUAUCCCAAGAGAUCUACUAAUUAUGGAAUAUACGUAUGCAGCGUGACAAACGGAAGAGAAACAGUGUCACACACCAUCAAACUACUUCAAGUUGCCCCUGGUAACUCAGAAACUUUAAAGUCAGGUCAAAGUAACCAAGAAAACGCUGUGAGUACAUAUCUACCAUUUGUCAUCGUCCUAGCCUUGUUAGUCGUCGUGUGCAUCCUGAUCACUAGCUACUUAUUUUGGCGCCAACGGCAAAGCAAGAAGAUUGCUUCCAAAGAACAUGGUAUUGCUAUGAGUGCUAUCGUUCGUAAGGAUUACGUGCGACAGGAUACUGCAUUCUUGUUGGACGAACCCGUAUGUAACGAUACGUUUACCAACACUCGACGAGUGGCUGAAAAUGAGAUUUGAAGAGGCUAACGAAUACUUUCCAAUUAGAUAAUUGUAAUACUCGCACAUGGAGUUACAUACUCGAACUAAAUGUCAAGCAGCUGGCUAAAAAUGAUAUUUGAAGUGGCUAUCAAAUACGAUAAAAAUACUGACUUCAGAACGAACUUGAACCAACUAAAAUAGGCCAACAUCAUAGACAGAUAAAUCAACUUCUAGAUCAUAUGAUAUGCAUAAUAUAUAAGUAAGGUAAAAUGCAUACUCAAAUAAUCUACUUAAAUUUAUAGUAUAUAAAGAUUUUUAUAAUCAGACGAUGUAGUAAUACAAUUCUGGACUUCAAAGAAUAAAGAAAUGAU